AUGGGCGUAGCCACCGUCUCCAGCACGCCGUCGAGGACAUCGCCCCUCGGCAUCGACUCCGGCUACUCUGACGGCUGGUCGCAUCAGCUCUGGCGGCGUCCGUUCUCCAUCGUUGCCUUCAAAUCAUCGGAUCCGAACUUGGUAAAGCCCUUAACCAAAUCUAGAAAGCAACCGAAGCGAACCCAGUUUGUUUCCCUCGAAUCCGACUCUGCUUCUCCUUCAUUGAGCGCGGUGGAUGUGGACUACAGUGAGGUUGCCGAGGCGCUAGAGAAUAUCUAUAAACUGAGAUCGGCAGAGGUUUAUGACAUGGAGUUCGAUUUCAGUCUUGGUCGUGGGGUGCACACGAGGAAAAGGGGCAAGAGAGCGUGGAGGGCGAAGAAGGGAUCGUGA